GAGUUUUGUCAGCUGUUUGCUUAUGCACAGACAGGGCCAGUGACUUUCAUAGCAGCACUAAUCGCUUACGGUUACAGAGCUCCUGUAAGCAACAGAACGUCUCUUUGAAACUUUCGUUCACGCAAGUAAAAGUGACUAGGCCUAUGUUCUGUUUAAAAAUUGUACGUGUGGGUAAUGCGGGAGUAGCGGAGUGCUUCGUGAAAGAUGUAUCAAGAGCGUCAGUCUUUAAAUGUCGGAAAAAUAUGAGAAGCCAUGCUGUAAACAAAAAGAGGUACAGCGGGACCUCUUACUUGAGACAGCAUUAUGGUAGCGGAUUCGCUCAAAUGCAUAUGAAUGAAAAAAGAAAAGGUCUUUUCUCGGCAUUGGAAGAUAUGCUUUUCUACACAAUCACACAGGGAGAGGAGAAAAUCUCAAUUUCUCAGUUUAUCUCCGCCCUCAAGAGCACAGGUCUCCUGAUCACAGACCCCCGCCUGAAGGACUGUAUGGAAAAGCUCCGCAUGACGGUACGCGAUUCCAUCACCGAAGUCAUGAUGGACAGAGAACUCUUUGGAAAGUGCGUGGGGGGGAACAUUAUGUUGUUAUCCCAGGCCUUCCAGAAGAAAUUCAUCAUCCCAGAGUUUGAGGCUUUUGUGGGCAGCAUUGACAAGAUUUUUCACAAGGUCCAAGCACAGCAGGAAGGGAAUGUUGCAGACUACAUUCCUCAUUUGGCAAAAUUCAAUCCAGAUCUUUGGGGUGUUUCACUGUGUACUGUGGAUGGACAGAGGCACUCAGUGGGCGACAGCAAGAUGCCCUUCUGCCUGCAAUCAUGCGUGAAGCCGCUGGAGUAUGCCAUCGCCGUGCACGAGGCAGGCACAGAGCGCGUGCACCACUUCGUGGGAAAAGAGCCCAGUGGCCUGAAGUUUAAUAAGCUGUCGCUAGAUGAGGACGAUAAACCACACAAUCCCAUGGUCAAUGCUGGAGCCAUUGUCAUCAGCUCUCUCAUCAAGCCUGGAGCAAACAAGGCAGAGAAGUUUGACUAUGUGAUGGACUUUGUGAAGAAGAUGGCUGGCCAGGAGUAUGUGGGGUUCAGUAAUGCAACGUUCCAGUCGGAAAAGGAAACUGGAGACAGGAACUUUGCUAUUGGAUACUACCUGAAAGAGAAGAGGUGUUUCCCACAUGGGGCAGAGAUGAUUGAUGCGUUGGAUUUUUACUUCCAGCUGUGCUCCAUAGAGGUCACCUGUGAGUCAGGAAGUGUGAUGGGAGCUACACUGGCCAACGGCGGCAUCUGUCCAAUCACAGGCGAGCGUGUGCUGAGUGCAGAGGCCGUCAGGAACACUCUCAGUCUCAUGCACUCCUGCGGCAUGUACGACUUCUCCGGCCAGUUUGCCUUUCAUGUGGGCUUACCUGCAAAGUCAGGUGUGUCAGGUGCAGUCCUGCUAGUAGUUCCCAACGUCAUGGGGAUGAUGUGCUGGUCACCACCUCUGGACAAGGUGGGCAACAGUGUCCGGGGAAUCCACUUCUGCCAGGAGCUGGUGUCCCUGUUCAACUUUCACAACUAUGACAACCUGAGACACUUUGUGAAGAAGCAAGACCCUCGCAGGCAGUUUGGAGAUGACCGGAACAAGUCCAUAGUGAAUCUGAUGUUUGCUGCUUACAGUGGAGACGUAUCUGCCCUAAGAAGGUUUGCUCUCUCUUCUCUAGAUAUGGAGAUGAAGGACUACGACUCCCGCACAGCCCUGCAUGUAGCAGCAGCUGAAGGUCAUGCAAAGGUAGUGCGGUUCCUGACCAAAGUCUGCGGGGUCAACCCUUUUGUGAAAGACAGAUGGGGUAACACGGCUCUGGACGAUGCCAUGCAGUUUGGCAAUGAUGAGGUGGUGAAGCUGUUGCAGGAGUACCAUAAGGACUGCAGCGAGACCCAGAGCACACAGGCAGGAGAAGAGACCGACAAACUGAAGACAGUGGAAGGAGUGGUAUGAGAGGACACUUGGACUUCUCCUCACGCCUCAUGACUACCAGAUAAACAGCACACCAGUUCAUCUCUGGAAAAGACCUGUUUGCUUUCAUGACGGGACGAGCUGUUCUUUUUGGAGGUUUGCUGAUUGGUUUUAGAUGGCAGUUUUUGUAGCUAAUGAUCACAGACCCCAGGAAUCUCAGUGAUCAUUUUCUUUCUUACACAGAAUCAAUUUUUUUUAGAGAUGGCUGUUAAAAUGCACAUCAAAAUAUUGCUUAGAGCAGCUUUAAUGUGGCCGCCUACUGUAGACGUAAUAUGUAGAGCAUUACAAAAUGGGGUAUUGACUUUCUCUGAAUGUUUUGUGAGGCUUGCCUUUGAAGGGCUAUAACAUGUGUGCCCAGUUUUCAAAUUAACUGUUUUGGCCAGUGUGUUAUGCUGUCGAUUGAUUCUGUCAAGCACACUGAAAAGAUGAGAGGGAAAUGCAGUUAAAGUUCUGGCAAAAGGUUGAUACUAUCUGAGCUCAGGCAGUCAAUCAGUUCAGUUGCACUCUUCCCUUUUGUGCUCCUGAUCAUCUGAUAUUCUCUAUGGCUCCGUCUGCGUCCCUGUCUCUUUUGGCCACUCUAUAUAGAAACAUGCAAGAUUUAUUGAGCACACACUCAAACUGGACAGCAAGAGGGCCCUAGAAGCAAUUUGCACACCCUGAUGAAGCCAUAAGCAGACACGUGUGUGUGUUUGUUUGUUUGUUUGUUUGUUUGUUUGUUUGUUUGUAGCCCAGUAAAAUAAAGGCUUUUUACAAUUAUAAAUCCACCUGAGUGCCUGGACCUGGAUGUAUUAUGCAAAGAAGCUUUUUGGAUAUAAUUUAUACACUUUUUUUUCUGGAUUGACAAAAGUCUAUUAAAUUAGAACCACAGACUACACCUUUAAGAGUAGUUCUAACAUGUGUAUAUCUCAUGUCUAUUGUAAAUACUUUUAUCAACCAUACUGUAUAAAGUAAAUAGUACAACUUAUGUAAAUAUGUUUAUUUUUGUCUGUAUUGUAUAUGUUUUAUUUUCUGAAAUGAAAGUUUUCCUAAAUUGUUUUUUUGUUGCAAUAUCUGCUUUGAUGUGUAUUCUGGUUGCGUAAUAACUGUGUAGUAGAUGUAAAGACAAGG